AAACAAACGUCAUUUUUAGUACGAGGCUAACCUUCGUGUUAUGUGUACGGUUCAUAAACAUUAAGUUAUUUUUAUAUUUAAUUUUCCUUUAAUUUCGUAUAGUUUACCACAAAAAUUUUUAAAAUGAGGUACCAAUUAUUACAAACAGCAAGCUAUUUAACACUAUCCGUAGGAACAAUUUUAGUUCUGUAUUAUGUACUGACCGGGAAAGGGGAACAAGUCAGUUUAGCAUGGUUACUAACGAACAUUUCACCCUAUAUGUGGGCUUCCAUGGGCAUUGGAUUAUCAGUUGCUCUCUCAGUUGUUGGAGCAGCAACGGGUAUAUACACAACAGGGGCUAGCAUUGUAGGUGCAGGUGUAAAGGCCCCAAGAAUUAAAACUAAGAACUUAAUCUCGAUUAUCUUCUGUGAAGCUGUUGCUAUUUAUGGGUUAAUUAUUGCUAUUGUCUUGACCAGCAGUUUUCAGUCUUAUAACGAAGAGAGAGCCCUAACAGAUGACACAUACAGAAUUAAUAAUUUCAUGGGUUCUCAAAUUAUUUUUGGUGCUGGAACCACAGUGGGUUUUGUAAAUCUUUUUUGUGGAAUUAGUGUAGGAAUUGUAGGGUCUGGAGCAGCUAUUGCAGAUGCAGCAAACAAGUCUCUUUUUGUUAAAAUUUUGAUUAUCGAAAUUUUUGGAAGUGCUAUUGGUCUAUUUGGACUAAUUGUUGGAGUUUAUUUGACUGCAAAAGGAAGUAUGGGUUAAAUUGAGAAGAUCCUUUCCAGAGUAGAUAUUCAUUAUUGUAUAUACUGUAGAUUAGGCGUGUUAUGUUAGUAUUUACAUUCCACACUCAAAUUAGCUUUGCAUAUUGCCUCUUAGCUUUAAAUUUAUAUAGAUAUGUUAUGUGUAUUAUUUGCAGUUAAAAGGCUUUAGUAUUAAUUAAAAGACUAAGUAUUUGUAAAUGUUUUAUCUUCAUCUGUAAAGUACUUAUUGUAAAAAAAAUAUUCCUUGCAACGUUAUAGUUUGUCCAACAAUUUCAAAAUUUUAAAUAUAUUACGGUCUUGUUUUCAGUA